UUUCAAUUUAUUGUGACGGACAGUUUCGGCAAUAGUCGCCCAAUUAUGUUUGAGUGGAGUAAGCGAGAACAGAGAACAGAUGUUACGUGGAUGUUGGAUGCCCUUAAGCGUAUAAUGGGUGAAACGUCGUCAAUACGAACGUUUGUUAUUGCUUGUGCUAGGGUAUUGAAGGUGGCUAUCAAGACUGUCUUCCCAAACGUGGAUGUUGUCCUUUGUGCAUUCCACGUUUGCAGAGCGAUGUGCAAAAGGACAAGGAAUCCAACACCCAAACAGUAUCUGUGCAGAUUAUUUCGAGAAGAAUCAACCAGCAGGUUUUAUGCAUAUAACCGCAUCAUCAACGCUAUCAGUCUGGAUAUGGGGAGGUAUUUAAGUUACAUAUGGAUGAAUUGUAAGCGACUUUGGUCCGCAGCAUUCUACAAUGAUGUCCUGACAUUGGGUAAUAAUGCUAAUAGUCGAGUUGAAAGCCUCCGUAAGCAGAUAAAAAGGAGGCUAAGAAAAUGUGACAAGCUGCAUAUAUCGAUCUGGAAAGCGUAUCAGUGGCAUACUAGAAGAAGCGAAAGGAAGAAAUUGGAAAUGAAAUUGCUGGGUUCUGAAAAAUAAGGGUCUGCUGGACCUAAAAGGCUUCAAGCGAUCCUUGACAAACUGAGUCCAUAUGCAGCAAGAAAGGUUGUGAGGGACUUUAAA